UUCCUCGAUCAGCUAAUCCGUUUUGAUGAGUCUCUAAAUCUGAUCACAACAUAGUGAUGCUUUUUUGAAGCUCACCUUGCGUCAUUAAUAAUAUUUUUUUUUUCCUGCAGUGCGCAGCGAGAUGGAUCCGUCCAGGAGGAGCGAGAGCGACUGGCAGGGGCUGGUCAACGAGUUCCUCAUUUGUAAGCGGAAGUUGGAGAGUAAGAAAGAAGCUCUUCUGAUUCUGUCGAAAGAGCUGGACACCUGCCAGCAGGAGAGGGACCAGUACCAACUGAUGGCCAACCAGCUCCGUGAGCGACACCAAGGACUCAAGAAGAAGUACAGAGAGCUCAUUGACGGAGAUCCCUCUCUACCUCCUGAGAAAAGGAAUCAAGUGAAUUUAGCCCAGUUACUGAGAGACUCCAGAGAGAAAAGCAGUCACCUUUCUGAUGAGGUGAGGGAGCUGAAACAACGACUGGUGGAAGCUCAAGGUGAUAACAAGCUUCUACGAAUGACCAUCACCAAACAGAGGCUUGGAGACGAGGAGGUCGGCACUCGACACUUUCCUGCUCAUGAACGAGAGGAUCUGGUCAAACAGUUAGAGCGAGCCGGAGAGCAGAACGAGGAUCUGGAGCACAGCGUGAAGUCGCUCACUGACGAGCUUCAGGACGUACGAGCAGAGCGCGACGUGUUUCAGCAGAAGGCUCAUCGGCUCAAUUUGGAAAUUAACCACAUCCUGGGCAAUGAUGAGAUACGCAUUUUAGACGUAGAUGCACUCUGCAUGGAGAACAGGUAUCUGCAUGAACGGUUCUGUCAACUUCAAGAAGAAAUUCACUUGCUCAAAACAAACCUGGUGAAGUACAAGAGCGCACUGGACUGCAGGAAAACUUCUAAAAUAUGUGGAAAACCCAACAGUAGUGCACUGACUGGGGUGCUCUCUGCUAAACAAGUGAAGGAAUUGUUACUGUCUGAAGAGAACGGCUGCAGUUUGCCGGUGACUCCUCAGUCCAUCUCAGACCUCAAGUCACUCGCCACAGCUCUGCUGGAAACCAUCCACGAGAAGAACAUGGUGAUUCAGCACCAACGCCAAAUCAACAAGAUCCUUGGAAAUCGAGUAGCAGAGCUGGAGAAGAAACUAAAAACAUUAGAAAUGUCUGGAUUAUGGAGCCUGCCAGGCCUGACUUAUAAUGUGUCUCUGGGAAUAUAUGGAAGAGGAAAAGACCCCAUCAUCCUCAAUACUCAGCAGGCUGAGUCAGAGUCUCCUGCGCAGGAAGGUGACGAAGAGUCAGAAGAAAUAUCCGUCGAUCAGCAGAGCUCUGCAGAAGUCCCAAUCCAAGAGAGUGGACCACCAGCUGGGUCAGGUGAGGAAGAGGAGCUUCUUGAGGAGACACCAUCGGCAUCCAGCGAGGAGACGUGCCAACCGAACCUCUCGUACCAGUCAGCUGAGGAAGAGCCAGUCAGCCCUCAGAUACAAACACCAGGCAGUGAAGAGUGUCAUGACAGCGGCCAAUCACAGGUCACAACUGAUGUCAUGAGUCAAGGGUCAAAAGAAGAAGAAGAGGAGUGUGUGAGUCAUUCCUCUCCCACACAACAUCCGUCAGACCUCUUACAGCAAACUUUAGAGAACUCUGACCCCACAGGAGGAAGAGAGGAUGAGUCGGAUGAAUGCACUGAAGGGGUGGAGACUGAAAACACGGAGUGUAUUAUAACAGUGGAAAACAUCAAUAGCACAAUAACCACCGCUGCAAGUUCUGACGAAGAGCAGGCUGAUGUCCAGUCAAACCAGCAGACUGAGCUUUCAGAAGGGACAGAUGCUUGUGUUAGUCAGGGAAUGUGAAGUCGUACAUGAGCCGCUCACAUGUUGCAGAGCAUCAGGAGAAAUCCUCAUAAGGAAUGAUAAUGAAAACACUAUCGAGUUGUUAUGAUUGACAGAUGGUGAAACACAAUUAUUGGGACACUACAACUGUCAACUCUCAGUAACUGAUUAUCUUAUUUGUGCUUUCACUUGAUCCAUUUCAAGUCUCAAAGAAUGUCGAAACCCGAAGAUAACACCCAUAUGUGAUUGUUGAACAAUAUGCAUCUAUAAACAGCCUCCACAAACAUUUUUGGAACACAUUUAGGCAGAGAUUCGCUCCCAUUCAGCCAGACGAGCAGUAGGUUGAGGUUGGGCAAUAAGGCCUGCCUCACAGUUCACUUAAUCCAAAAGGUGUUGGAUGGGUUUGAAGUCAGAACAUGGCGCAUGACAGUCAAGUUCUUCCACACUGUCAUGUUGAAACAGGACACGGUUAUUCCCAAACUGUGGAGAAACUGAUUUGUUGAUUUAAAAAGUAACAAACUAAAGGGCUGUAGAAUGUGGGUGAAAGGGUUCACAAAAUGUGAUGAUUUAGAUUGUUCUGCAUUUGAUGGAUACAGUUUCAGUCUUUGUACAUUUACUUAAGAGUGAAUAAGAAUUCAACAGUGAAGGAGAAUGUAAUUUGUAACAUGUCUAAUGUUGACCCCGAUUCAGAUGUCACACAAAUGAAAAUCAAAAAAGGGACAAAGUGCAGUUGACCAUAAACAAAGAUGUGAUGUUGCUUAGCAAUGAAUUCUCCUAUAUUUCUACCUCCGUCCACGCUUCCCCCUCGACAUUAAGGAAACACCUUAUUGAUCACUACGUCAAUGUUUAAGCUAAGCUUUAUAGUGUUUCUUCACACAAAAUACAUUAGUUUUCUUAUCACAAAAUGAUCAAGCUAUAUAAAAUGCAUUGCUGCAUGACAAGAUAAUGGCACUCUAACCCAUGCCAUUAAUUAUUUGACAGCAAAUAUUUGAUUUACAAGAAUUUGUCAAUUGACUGAACAAACAUCUUAGUUAAGAAAACAUUUCCAUAACUAAUCUAAGCCACAACAUGUAGUAUUACCAGCACUGACGUCUCGGUUGUGUUUUUGUAGUGAAAUAUUAAUUCACUAGAUAAUUACACAAAGCCAUGUGUAUUUGUUGAAUGUGUACAAAAUAAAUGAUUUUCACCUGCU